UGGUGCUUGUUGCCAGGGGAACGCGGGCAGGGCGGGUGCCCGGAUGUGUCUCGAUCGCAACAUGGCGGCGGCCGAGUGAGGCGGGGUAGGGGGAGCGGCGGCGUUGGGCUCGUCGUGAGGGCAUCUUUCACCGCAGGAUCCCGGCAUGCUUAGCUGAGUUGGAGAAGAGUUUUCCCUUCCUUGCAGGUCUUCUAGCCGGCCUCACCAUGUUCAGCAAGAAGAAGAAACGCAUCGAGAUCUCUGCUCCCUCCAACUUCGAGCACCGCGUCCACACCGGCUACGACCAGCAAGAGCAGAAAUUCACGGGGCUGCCGCGGCAAUGGCAGGGCAUCAUCGAGGAGUCAGCCAAGCGCCCCAAGCCGCUGGUGGACCCCGUCUGCAUCACCGCCAUCCAGCAUGGCUCGCAGAAGACCAUCGUGCGGGGCAGCAAAGCCGCCAAGGACGGCUCCCUAACCUGGCUGCUGGACGAGUUUGAGAACAUGUCCGUGUCCCGUUCCAAUUCUCUGCGCAGGGACAGCCCCCCCUUCCCGCCCCGCCGCGACCAGCUCUACCAGGAGAACGGCCUCUCCGAGGGCCCGGCCGCUGCCCGGCCACACGAGGAUGCCGGCAGGAGCAAGGAGAAGAGCCGUCACGGGGCCAGGAGCGAGCUAGAGCAGGGCAAGGAGAGACCCCGGGAGAGGGAGGACCAGCGCGCCCACCACCACCACCACCACCAGCAGCCCCGCGGGCAGGAACCCGGCCCCAAACCCGCUCCCCCCGCCGGCGGCCGCCCGCCCCCUCCUGAGUACCCCAAAACCCCCGCCGAGAGGGACGGCUGGCGGGACUACCCCGCCGACAGGGACUACAGCGAGCCGGCCGACCGGGUGGUGCGGCGGGAGCGCCCCGAGCCCUCCGACAAGCGCCCCAAAUCCACCUACGCCGGCGAGACCAGCCCGCAGUCCCCCCGGGACAAACGCCCGCUCUCUGGGCCCAAUAUCCGGACUCCCAACAUCCCCGUCUCCGAAGGGGUGAUGAAGACGGCUCAGCAGACGGGACGGCCUUUUAAUACCUACCCGCGGGCUGAGACCGACCCCAGCAGGGGCGUGGGUUCACAGGCAGAGCACCGGCCGGGACGACCGCAGGAGGUGGCAUCCAACGGGCCGGUGAGCGGCAGUGCCAGCUCCUCCCGAGCCCACCCGCCCGGCCCGCCGCGCUCCAAAAACCCCGAACCGCCCCAUCCCGGCCUCACCCCGCACGCCUCGGACCCCCACCUUGCUCGCCAGCCGCCCCCCGGCCCCCCGCCGCAGCCGGCGGGCCCGCAGCAGCCCCGCUCGCCCCAACGUGAGCCGCAGCGCGUCUCCCACGAGCAGUUUCGGGCGGCCCUGCAGAUGGUGGUGGAUCCCGGAGACCCCCGCACCUACCUGGACAACUUCAUCAAGAUCGGCGAGGGCUCCACCGGCAUCGUCUGCAUCGCCACCGUCAAGAGCACCGGCAAGCUGGUGGCCGUGAAGAAGAUGGACCUGCGCAAGCAGCAGCGGCGCGAGCUGCUCUUUAACGAGGUGGUGAUCAUGCGGGACUACCAGCACGAGAACGUGGUGGAGAUGUACAACAGCUACCUGGUGGGCGACGAGCUCUGGGUGGUGAUGGAGUUCCUGGAGGGCGGCGCCUUGACCGACAUCGUCACGCACACCAGGAUGAACGAGGAGCAGAUCGCGGCCGUCUGCUUGGCCGUCCUGAAGGCCCUCUCCGUCCUCCACGCGCAGGGCGUCAUCCACCGCGACAUCAAGAGCGACUCCAUCCUCCUCACGCACGACGGCAGGGUGAAACUCUCCGAUUUUGGGUUUUGCGCCCAAGUGAACAAGGAGGUGCCGCGACGGAAGUCGCUGGUGGGGACCCCGUACUGGAUGGCACCCGAGCUCAUCUCCCGCCUGCCCUACGGCCCGGAGGUGGAUAUCUGGUCCCUGGGCGUGAUGGUUAUCGAGAUGGUCGACGGGGAACCGCCCUAUUUUAACGAGCCGCCAUUAAAGGCCAUGAAAAUGAUCCGAGACAAUCUGCCCCCCAAGCUUAAAAACGUGCACAAGGUUUCGCCCUCCCUCAAAGGCUUUCUCGACCGCAUGCUGGUGCGGGACCCGGUGCAGCGGGCCACGGCCAACGAACUCUUGAAGCACCCCUUCCUGGGCAAAGCGGGGCCCCCCUCCUGCAUCGUCCCCCUCAUGCGCCAAAACCGCAUGCGGUGAGGAGCCGGCGGCUGCCCCGGCGCCCUCCUCGCCCUCACCGUCGCCUCUUAACUGGAUUCGUGACUGUGCCACUACUGUCGGGGCGCUGGCGGGGGCACGGACCCCCCCGCACCGUACUACUGAGCCGAGGAGCGGCCGGGGAGGGGGGACGGCUCGGCUUGAACGACUUCACCGACGCUCCGCGCGGGGACAACAGCGAGGCCACGCGGUGACACCCUCCCGGCGUCCCCCCCGCUGCUUCCCGGCAGAGGUUUGGGGCUGGGGGCUUAUCCCGCCCCAGACCCGGUGUCGCCCCCACCCUGGGGAGAUGUUUGGGGCGUCUCCCCCCUUUUCUUUUUCUUUCAAAUCCCCUUUUUCCUGCCCCAGGGUCGGGCCACCACCUGCAUCUCCAUGGGGGGGGGCGGGGGAUGCGUCCCCAACACUACGGCCCCGCGGCCACACUACUGAUUCGGGGUCCUGACCGCCCCCCACCCACCCUUCCCAAACACAUUUUUGUUCUUUCGGGGUUUGUUGUUUUGGUUUUUUUUCCCCCCCCUCCUCCCGUUUUGUUUUUUAACAAAGCUAUUUAUAUUGUCGUUUUGUAACGCCGCGGUAUGGGGGGGCCCCGGGGCCGGCACGGGGACCCCCGGAGAUUACACGUGUCCUUUUGGAGA